AUGGCAGGACACAGGCCCUCAAACUUGAACCCCUUUCAAGCCAUUGGUGGAGGUGACUCCGGAGGGCCAGUGUCCAUGAGGGUUGACACUCCAACCUUAUUGAGUGCCCGGGUGACUCCUCGCAAGCUGAUGGUCCAGCCAGGAGUUGGGCCAGGCAUUUUCCCAGGCCCUGAUGUGUGGGGAGUGCCACUGGGUCCCCUACCUUACGAAUUCCGGAGCAGGAUGGCCUCCUGUGGAGCGGGCGAGAUAGGAGUCUGGUACCAGAGGCCCCCCGAGGGCACUUAUACUGGACCUUACAUUGCCCUGCGGAACCUCCCAAAAUUGACGCUGCCAGAAGAUGUCCUAGCCAUUAAAAAGGAGAUGGAGCAGCUGGCCAAGGAGCUGAAGCUAAAGAGGAUGACCCUAGGGUAUUCGCAGGCUGAUGUGGGGUUCGCUGUGGGAGCUAUGUUUGGAAAGGUGCUUAGCCAGACAACCAUAUGCCGCUUUGAGGCCCAGCAGCUCAGCCUCGCCAACAUGUGGAAGCUGCGGCCGCUGCUGAAAAUGUGGCUAGAUGAAGUGGAUGCCAAGAACCUUCUGGGCUUAUGCAAAAUGGAGAUGAUUCUACAGCAGGCUCGGAAGCGGAGACGGGCAAGCAGGGAGAGACGAAUCAAAAACAACCUAGAGAAACUCUUCUUGCAGUGCCCAAAGCCUACACCCCAGCAAAUCAGCCGCAUCGCUGGGCACCUCCGGCUGCAGAAGGACUUGGUCCGAAUUUGGUUUUAUAACCGGAACCAGAUGGGCAGUCGGCCAAUCAACGAUGCCUCCCCACAGGAGAAUGUGGGAGCAGCCGGGCCUCCUUUCCCAGGGCCACCAAUGUGCUUUCCCCUGACACCUGGGCUCCAUUUUGAUUUCCCCCACCAUGGAGGGUCCUACUUUACACAGGUGUACUCUUCUACCCCUUUUCCUGGGGGAGGAGUCCUCCUCUGUACCCCAGCCAACACUCCGGGCCUCCCCAGGCUUUCAAGCUGA